AGAAAGCCAAUGCCGUCGGAAUGGCCCUCUCCGACGUCCACGGGUAUAGAGGUGGUUUGAAUGGCCAGACUGCAGACUUACGCGCCUAAGUAGUGCAAGUAAGACCAUUGCGACUCUCGAGACGCCCUCUCGGCCCAAGCGCCAUGUGCCGGGCAUAUACGGGAGAGUCGCCGCACUUCCCCACACAUUCCGGAUUAACCAAAACGGCUUACAGAAGAACCCAUAUCGGCCACAUUUGUAUGCCACCAGGUGUGUUUCUGGCUAGUCCGUCUCCUCCGAUCGGCCGUCUUCGGUUGUUCUUUCAACGCGACACUCGACGUGCAGGAGAGAAAAGUCGCAAACCGGCCGUUGUUGCUGCUGUUGACGCUUCCUCAGUGAUCGCACGGCCUUGUGAAAGACCUGCAUAUGCAUCAUUCGGGGUUCCUUCCCUGGUUUUCAGCUACUUUGUCGAGCCUGCUAGAGGACUAGAAGCACUCGUUCUCUCUCUUCGUGCGCAGACAUGCAGGGCCGGGAUGCCAAAGAGCCACGCAAGCCCGGACCAUUGCGUCCUAUGCUUAAAAGUUACCGGCUGUAUGGCGAGCUGUGACAUGGGUUUUCCUCUUUGUCUUGCCUGUUUAGGAAGGAUGGAGAUCGCCAUCAGAGCAAGGUUAUCGGCGGUGACGUGGAGAUUGAGGCUGAGGGCAAAGCGUCAAGGCUUGCGUGAGACACUCUCGUACCGGACUUCCACAUCAUGGCAUCCUCACUUUUCCGGGUUGUGCCUUUGGUGGUUCCACCUGAGCAGAGAAGGCGCGCAUGUCGUUCAAACUUGGAACUCCUCCCAAGCGGCAUCAACAUGACGGGAUCCUGGUCUCUGCAACAACAACACGGGGGGAAAAAAAAACGCAAGACCCCUCCCCCGGAGCCAUAGCGAACUGCAUUCCGUACACAGCGUAUGAAUAUCUAUGUCGUACUGGUGUCGUUGCUGACACACAUCCCUAGCCGAGAAACAGGAACGUCAGCAGCGAGAUCUGCAGGGUCACAUCGGCGUUCCGCCGCAUGCGCCAGGGUCCCCUU